UUUGCUCUCGACGAUAUAAGCGGCAGUAUCUCGCUUCUCAAAAUAAAGGCAAAGGUGCCUAUGAAAAAGAAAAGUGUUCUAGUGUGUGGAUGGCAUGUUCGUUCGAUUUUUCUGAUAUUAUGGAAGGUGGUCACGUUCUGCUUGAAUGUGUGGAUGAAGGCAGUAUUGAAAAAGUCAGAAGUUUAUUGGAAUCACAGUUAUGCAACGUUGACGAAACAGAUCAAAGUGGACGAACUGCACUUCACCUCGCUGCUUUGCGAGGAAAAACAGAUCUUGCCAAUGUUUUGAUCCUUGGAGGAGCAGAUGUAAAUUUUCGUGAUAAACAAGGGAAUACACCCCUACACUGGUGUGGCAGUAUAGACACCAUUGAACUGUUGGUUGAUAGUGGUGCCAGUUUGUACCUACGCAACAAGAUGGGACUUACUCCAAAAGAACUAGCAUACAGAAGAGGAGUUGCUCCAGAAGUCCUGGAUUUGCUUGCACACUUUGAGUCUCAAACUAACAAUCAUGAUUCGAGAGACCAAAUGGUCACUCGAGUUUCUGUUUUAACAUCAGCUGCUAAUGCCAGUGACAGACUUAGCUCCAUCACCAGUGAACAAGUAAACAUAACAAGACACAGACAGGCAGUUGGGUUUUGGCAAGAACUGUCUUGUGAACUGGGAGUGCAAAAUACUUUGCUCUGUCUGCUUGGUCUUCUUGGCUUUUCAUUUUAUGUAGCCUACAUUCUGACUGGAAUGCACCAAGGAAUUCAGGUCAGAAUUCCUGUUCAAGAAGCAGAUAUUUGAUAACAUCAUUGUUAUCUUUAUCAUUUCGUCAAAAUUCUGCUAUGUUAUGGGCUGUAUGCAAUGAUUUUAAAUGCAUUUGUCUAAUCCUGGCAUGAUAUCGUGUAAUACUUAUUAGCAUUAAUAACAAAGCAUUUUCAUGCCUUCAGGAGAAAUGGAACUUGUACAUGCUUAUUCAAAUCAGAUGCUUAAUCUUUAACGUGGCACAGUAAGCAUAAGUUGUACUGUUUAUUUCAGUAGUCAUUAACAUUCUAAAUCAUGUCCAUCAUGUAGUCAUGUAGCUUUAAACAAACAAAACUUUUACCAUAAAAUUUACUAAUUGCUAUGAAAAUACCACAAGGGGGUUGAGUUAUGAGCACAUUGACACACUUAAUAACAACACAUCAUGAUCAUGCAACGAUCUUGGGAAAGCACCCAGUUGUGUAUCACAUGAAUUACCUAUCAUUAUCACCUUGAAGUUUUGUGUAACAAGUUGUCACGGACCUGUCCGUGCCUCCAUGUUUUAGGUUAGUUUAUUAACCUUUCGCUACUUAUGAACUGCAAGAGUAGAGAGCAUAUAUGGGAGAAUAAAGGAGAAUGUCAGCGGGAAAGGGGUUAACCCUGACAUGGCGUAUUUGGUGAAUAGUUCAGUCGAAGAAUUUUUGGCGGGAACUAGGUUAAACAAUUACUCAGGCCCAUGCCUGAGUCACGAUUUGUAAAUCUCCAUAGUUGAGAUUACAUAGUAGAGCAGGGUAGUGUCCAUCGACGCUGGAUGCGGCGCGAUAUUGACCCUUGGUGUAUUAGCCUCGCCUAGACGAGUUUUUUCGCGGAGUGAGCUAAUUGUUGGAGCCCUUUUGAAGGAGGAAGAAUCACCUCCCCAGACCAUUCCUCGAUCGCCUUUGAUACAACACCCAGCAGCGCCUGGGCUCGGGCAACCGUCGGCCUCGUGACGUCACCGUGGAGUACCGCUGCUGUGACUGCGGGAACCCUCUCCCCGACACGGCCAUUGUGUAAGCCCUUGGAGUGUCAUCCGGCGCUGAGUUACACGUGGCGAUCAAAGAGUUUCCUAGCCCCUCGGGGAAGGAAAACCCGCUUCGAGUGGAUUACAAGUGUGAUUUGUGUUAUUCGUAUUCAAACUGACAGAGGAUGCGAAGGGUGACAACCCAACGCUAGUCAUGGCUCUUAGGCUCCGAACUGUAUGGUUACAGGCAACUGAUAUUUUGAAGAGGCACCGAGAAGAAGCUUAGCAAGGGUGUGUUGGUGAGUCAGUGUACGUGGUUAGGAACUGAUACAUCGAGGACUAGAACAUUUGAAACUGUUGUAAGCUUUGAACUGAGGGAUUGAGGGAAGAGUAGAGGCUAUCGCAUUACCAUAUGUUUACUUGUCAUAUUUGGUUUUUCACCAUCUUCUCUAAAGCUCGGGGCGUUGAGACAUUUUUAUAUAAAUAUAUUUAUCUGUGUUUCAUGUCGUAAAGUCCUGAGCAACUUCAUAACAUGAUUUGGACAGCCUCA